ACUACAGGAUAUUAUAAUACACAGUCAUAUAUAUACAUGUAUAUCCGAUUGCCACUGAGUAUCAAAUUGGAACCCGCUGUCUCAUUCUCAUCGUUCUCAUGGCUGUUUGUCUUUCUCUUUUCACCAUCUUGACCGUUGGUCUUCUCGUCUCCCUCUCCUUCACCGUCGGAUUCGAUCGUCCGCAUCGUCUUCCACAGACCGGCGUCAGACUACGGACGAAGCCGGAGAGCGGGAAUCGUCGAGUGCGGGCGGGCGCACCGUUCAAAAUCGCAGUGUUCGCAGACUUGCAUUUUGGGGAGAAUGCAUGGACGGAGUGGGGUCCAAUCCAGGAUGUGAACUCCGUCAAGGUGAUGUCCACCGUACUUGAUGCCGAAGCUCCAGAUUUUGUUGUGUAUCUUGGAGAUAUAGUUACAGCCAACAAUAUACCAAUUCAGAAUGCAAGCUUGUACUGGGAUGAAGCAGUUUCUCCUACAAGAGCUAGGGGAAUUCCUUGGGCCAGUGUUUUUGGAAACCAUGAUGAUGCAUCCUUUGAAUGGCCUUUGGAUUGGUUUUCCUCUAAUGGAGUUCCUCAAGUUUACUGUCCUCUGCCCAAUUCAUCCUUUUCAGGUGAAGAAAGCUGCAGCUUUCGAGGGACGUCACGCCUGGGGCUGAUGAGGAAGGAGAUUGAGAAUAAUGAACUGUCCUAUUCUAGUAUUGGUCCAAAUGAUCUUUGGCCUAGUGUAUCCAACUAUGUCCUGCAAGUCUUACCAUCAGAUGAUCCCAAGUCACCAUUAGUGUAUCUGUACUUCUUAGAUUCUGGUGGUGGCUCCUACCCAGAGGUUAUAUCUAAUGCUCAAGCAGAGUGGUUCAAGCAGAAAUCUGAAGAGAUCAAUCCUGAUUUAAGGGUACCUGAGCUAAUCUUUUGGUAUAUACCAAGUAAGGUUUUUAAGAAAGGGGUUCCAAAGUUUAGAAUACCCAAGCCUUGGGGGGGUUGGUUUAACAUGGGGGGGGUUGUUGUUCAAGAAGGGGAAAUGGGUUUAAGGAAGUUUUUUGAUGAUGGCCAUUUUGACAAGGCAGUGUUUGUGGGACACAACCAUGGAUUAGACUGGUGCUGCCCCUACAAGAAGCAGCUUUGGCUUUGCUUUGCUAGACACACUGGCUAUGGUGGAUAUGGAAAUUGGGCUAGAGGAGCCAGAUUUUUGGAGAUCACCAGGCAACCCUUCUCCAUAAAGUCAUGGAUAAGAAUGGAAGAUGGUGUUCAACACAGUGAAGUUAUCUUGAGUUCUUAACAGGUUAUUUCUCCAAAACAUGACUGAUGAAUACUAAGAGUAAUGAAUCAGAUGAAAAAGUUUUAAUAUUAGGUCAUAUAAUAUAUAUAUAUAUAUAUGUGUGUGUGUGUGUGUGUGAAAUAUGUGAAAGUGACUUUUUUGUGUAAAUAAAUAUUCUGAUUACCCCCA